AUGAAGAAGCUCUUGCCCUCUCUUUUCAAGAGCACCAAAGACACAAGUAUUUCUUCUUCCUCUGCUUCCUCUGCUUCUUCAUGGUCAUGGCCUUCUUGUCAGCAGCAGCCAAAGACUUUCUCUUUCCGAGUUGAAGAUAACAUAUUCAAGACGGUUAACUCAGUUUACAUUGAUGCCGGAGAUGUAGUCACAACACCGGAAUCGUCAAUGUUCACUAACUCGUCCGAGUCAGCAAGCUUCUCAACAGAGUCAGAGGUUUCAGGAGGAGGGGAAUGGAUUGAGACAGUGAUUCGUGGGUUACGAUCUGAGAGGUUAUUUUUUGAACCAGGAGAUUCAAAUUCGAUAUUAGAAGAAGCUAAAGCUGGUGGGUUUCCAUUCAAAGAGAGUUUAGUGUUGGCUAUGGAAUCGAAAGACCCAUAUGUGGAUUUUAGAACAUCAAUGGAGGAAAUGGUGGAAGCUCAUGGAUUGAAAGAUUUGGAAUGUUUAGAACAAUUGCUUUGUUGGUAUUUGAGGGUUAAUGGUACGAAAACCCAUGGUUUUAUUGUUGCUGCCUUUGUUGAUUUGCUUGUUGGGUUAGCUGAAACUGCUUCUUCCUCUUCUUCUUCUUCUUCUUCUUCUUCAUUAAAAAUUGAUGAGGAGAUUGUGGAGGAAGAUAUAGUCUUCCAAGUUCAGAGAUCUUUUUCCCUUUAA